AUGGCGGACACUGCUGAUCAGAAUGCGCCUGCGUCUAGUGCGCCCGUAAUCGAGAAACGUGAGCAAACCGUGGAAGCAGUCGAUAAGCCCGUGGAAACACCCGCGAUUGUCGAAAACACCGAACAGACUGCAGCAAAAGAUGAACCUGCGAGUGCCCCAGUUAAGGAGCAAGCGCCUACAAAUGAUGCUACUGCCGCCGCCACUGCCACUACAGAGUCUGAAGCGGCAAAGCCUGAAGAACCCAAGGUUGAAAAGCCAGCCUACCUGAGCAAGAACCCGGCGUUGGGCGAGUUGUUCAGCCGCCUGCCAACCAUUCUCGGAAACAUUGGUCACACUGAGAUGUGGGGAGUGUCUCUCAAAGACAGCGACGAUAUCCCCACCGUCAACGUGUUGAUCAAGUUCCUGCGCGCAAACGAAGGCAAUGCCAAAGCCGCCGAGACGCAGCUCAGCAAGGCACUCCAAUGGCGCAAGGACGUGAACCCGCUAGCAUUGGCAGAGUCCGCAAAAUACAGCGCGGCUAAAUUCGAGGGUUUGGGAUACCUGACGACCUAUGAGGAGAAUGGACGGCCCUUGGUGUUUACUUGGAAUAUCUACGGGGCCGUGAAGGAUAUCAGUGCGACAUUCGCGGACACCGAUGAAUUCGUCCAAUGGCGCGCCGCUCUCAUGGAACUCGCCGUGCAGGACCUGAAGAUGAAGGAUGCUACCGAGGUCAUUGAGUACGACGGCGAGGAUCCCUAUCAGAUGAUCCAAGUCCACGAUUACAUGAAUGUCAAGUUCUUCCGUAUGGAUCCAUCUGUCCGUGCCGCAACAAAGAAGGUCAUCGAUGUGUUCGCUACGGCAUACCCAGAGCUCCUGAGGGAGAAGUUCUUCGUCAACGUUCCUGCUAUCAUGGGCUGGAUGUUCACCGCCAUGAAGCUUAUCCUGAGCCGGAACACCACGCGCAAGUUCCACCCGAUCACGAACGGCGUCAACCUGGCUCGGGAGUUCUCUCCUUCGAUCGUCGAAAAAAUCCCCAAAACUUAUGGUGGCAAGGGUCCGGAGCUGAAGGAGAAUGCUAGGUUCGUCCCACUGGUUGAGGACAAAGAACAGGAGACCAAGGGCAAGGGCAGGUCUGCCGAGGAGCCUACUGCUGCUGAGCCUAGCAAGGAGGAGACGCCUUCGAAGGAAGAACCCCCCCAAGGCGGAGGCUGCGAAGGAACCCGAGGAGAAGAAACUCCCAAGGCGGAGGCACCCAAGGAGGAGACUGCUAAGGAGCCUGCCAAAGAAGUUGUUCCCAAGACUGAGUCUCUGAAGGAGGAACCUGGCAAGGAUGGAGCCCAGUAG